UGUCAUCUAUUUCAUCAGUUCAUCAAUUGGUUCGUUGCUGUGCUCUAGUACAUGUUUAGGAUCACAUGUAGGAAAUAUAUGCAGUAGAAUUUAGAUAUUUUGGCACAGUUCCAAGAACCAGGGAGGAGUAGAAGACAAUAUGAAAAUUCUUUUAGAAUGGGGAGUCACUGAUCAAUGACGAAACAUUUAUUGUUGUGUUUUUUUUGGUGUUUUUUUGAGAAAGUCCGGACUGGAAAAUUGUCUUUAAAGAAGCGAAAAACUUACUGGAGAGAGAGAUAUAUAAAUGGCGGUGAUGCAACUUAUAGAACUCGAGAAGUUGCAGAGCAGUACCAAAAGAGAAUAUAGUGUGUUGAAGUAAAAGCUAGAGUUUGAGACAUAAACAGGAUGUUUAUGACUAGAAAAGAACAUUUAAACUGAAAGGAAAAUGAGGCCAGAUCAAGGCCAGAGGGAGGCGAUAAUGCAACAUAGUGGAUGCCAACUGCUGGUAAACACCAAAAAGAAGAAGAAACAGAACAAGACAAGAUCAGGAAAGAAAACAUUAGACAUUUUUUUAAUGAAGGCUGGACUGAGAAUUGGCUAUAAGAGGCUGGGGAGAUGAGGGAGAAUGAGACCUACAGUUGUUGCGUGAGUGCAUCUCUAUCCACCUGGGUCAGGCUGGUGUGCAGAUUGGCAAUGCCUGCUGGGAACUCUACUGCCUUGAACAUGGCAUUCAGCCGGAUGGACAGAUGCCCAGCGACAAAACCAUUGGCGGUGGAGACGAUUCCUUCAACACCUUUUUCAGUGAGACUGGAGCUGGGAAACAUGUCCCCAGGGCUGUGUUUGUGGAUCUGGAGCCCACUGUCAUAGAUGAGGUCCGCACUGGAACAUACCGCCAGCUGUUUCACCCUGAGCAGCUCAUCACAGGAAAGGAGGACGCUGCCAACAACUAUGCCCGUGGUCACUACACUAUUGGCAAGGAACUAAUUGACCUGGUGCUGGACAGGAUCCGUAAACUGGCUGACCAGUGCACAGGUCUCCAGGGUUUCCUGGUCUUUCACAGCUUUGGUGGUGGAACCGGUUCUGGUUUCACUUCCCUGCUGUUGGAGCGCCUGUCUGUUGACUACGGUAAGAAGUCCAAGCUGGAGUUCGCCAUCUACCCAGCUCCUCAGGUCUCUACUGCUGUGGUGGAGCCCUACAACUCCAUCCUGACCACCCACACCACCCUAGAGCACUCAGACUGUGCCUUCAUGGUGGACAAUGAAGCCAUCUAUGACAUUUGUCGUAGGAACCUAGAUAUUGAGCGUCCUACAUACACUAACCUAAACAGGUUGAUUAGUCAGAUUGUAUCCUCCAUCACUGCCUCCCUCCGUUUCGAUGGUGCCCUCAAUGUCGAUCUCACUGAAUUUCAAACCAACUUAGUGCCCUACCCUCGUAUUCAUUUCCCAUUAGUCACCUAUGCUCCUGUGAUCUCUGCAGAAAAGGCUUACCAUGAGCAGCUCUCUGUAUCUGAAAUCACAAAUGCCUGCUUUGAGCCGGCCAAUCAGAUGGUGAAAUGUGACCCACGUCAUGGUAAGUACAUGGCCUGCUGUCUGCUAUACCGUGGUGAUGUGGUGCCUAAAGAUGUGAACUCUGCAAUCGCAACCAUCAAGACAAAGCGCACCAUCCAGUUUGUGGACUGGUGUCCCACUGGGUUCAAGGUGGGCAUCAAUUACCAGCCUCCCACUGUGGUUCCAGGUGGAGACCUGGCCAAGGUGCAGAGGGCUGUGUGCAUGCUGAGCAACACCACAGCCAUUGCAGAAGCCUGGGCGCGUCUUGAUCAUAAGUUUGAUCUGAUGUAUGCCAAGCGUGCUUUUGUGCACUGGUAUGUUGGUGAGGGUAUGGAGGAAGGUGAGUUUUCUGAGGCCAGAGAGGACAUGGCUGCCCUGGAGAAGGAUUAUGAGGAGGUUGGUGCUGACUCCAUUGAUGGCGAGGGAGAAGAAGAAGGAGAGGAGUAUUAAAAGCACUACUGAUGUGUGAAAUGUUUUAAUUGUAAUUUUAACAAGAUUAAUGCAAAUUUUAUGUAAUUUAACUUCAUGGACUGUAAAAAAAAUCUUAAAAUAAUCCAAUCUAUUUACAACAAGUUACUGUCAAAUAUUAUUUAAAAGCUAAAAAAGAAUUGUUAGUAUACUGUUUAUUUGGUAUAGAGAAUAAAAACACAGGAAAUAAAAACACAGGAAAUUAAAACACAGAAAAGAAAUGUAAAAUUACUUAAUGUUAUAUAAAAGUCUAAAAUGACCCUAAACAAAUA